UAAAAAAGCCAGGCAGACAUCUGGACGUUUCCCUUGAAAACUAGCCAGAUUUAAAAAUUUACAAAUCAAAUUUUUCAAUUUUCUUGGUAAUGAAUGCUCCUCCGAUUCUUCUGGUGGUAGUAGUACAGCUCCACCAAUAAACAGAGAGCACACCCGAAGAAAAUGUCCGCCAUUUCUAUCAGGCCCAUUAUCGCUACACCAUUUACAGCUUCUCAAUCAAGAAAGCUUCACAAAAAGACUACACUUUUCGCCCAAAGAUUGGAUUUUUGGAGCGAAUUCAGUUGUAAUAAAUCUGUUUCUUGGGCCCACAGUAGAAGAAAUCAAAAUAGAAUGAAGGGUUUUAAGUGGGUUCGCGCAACUACGAGUGAUGAGGGGGUUCGAGCUUUUGAGCAAGAAGCUUCCAUGGAGGAAUCGUUGACUUUUGAAGCUGCUGGGAUUGAAGCUACUCUCAAUAAUUUGAGUAAAUGGCUAGUAGCUGCACUUUUUGGUUUGAUAAUUGUAUGGAGGCACGAUGCCGAAGCGUUAUGGGCUGCAACGGGUUCCGUUAUAAAUACUGUAGUAUCAAUUGGACUUAAAAGAAUAUUAAAUCAAGAAAGGCCCUUUUCUACAUCAAGAUCGGAUCCAGGAAUGCCUUCGUCUCAUGCCCAAUCCAUUUUUUACACACUAACGUUUCUCAAUCUCUCGAUGGUGGAGUCAUUCGGUGUGAAUGUAAUUACAGCCACCAUAGGCGGACUUUUCUUCAUACUCGCCUCUUAUCUCGCAUGGCUUAGGGUUUCUCAGCAAUUUCAUACAGUUAGUCAGAUUGUAGUGGGAGCUGCUCUAGGAUCGGUGAUCUCGGGUUUUUGGUUCUGGUUAUGGUAUACUUUUGUACUAAAUUUGUUUAUAACAUCAUUGUGGGUUCGAAUUAUUGUUGUUUUGGGUGGAGUUGGAUUUUGUUUGGCGUUUAUUCACCAUGUUUACAGGACAUGGAUUAUCGAGGAAAGAUGACUGCCGGUUUAGUGUUUUUUUGUUUUUUUUUUUAUUGGUAGGAAUUAUAUUCCUUGAAUCUUUGAUUAACAGGAUCUUGAUUUCAUUAAGAUUAGUAUUAUGAAUGAAAUUCAUGAUGAUUCCUAGUUCA